GUGAGGGAUGUUUAAUUGGAGGUAUUGUAGCUACAUCAAGUGAGAUCGCCCGGGAAGCUAGUAAAUGUGUUAUAAUAGAAUAUCAAGAUUUACCAGCCAUAAUAACUAUAGAGGAUGCUAUAAACAAUAAUUCCUAUCUGAAAAAGUCACCCGUGUAUAUAACAGGGAAUAUAGAAACAGGUUUUGAUGACUGUGAAGAAAUACUGGAGGGAGAGAUACAUAUAGGAGCACAGGAACACUUCUGUCUUGAAACACAAACAGCCAUAGCUGUACCUAAGGAGAGAGACGAAAUCGAUGUGUACACAGCCUCUCAAAGAAUAACUUUCACUCAAGAUUCGGUUGCUGAUGUUCUUGGAAUCUCUAAAAAUAAGGUGAAAUGUUUCGUGAAGAGAUUGGGUGGAGGAUUCGGUGGAAAAGAAACACAGAGUGGUCAUGUAGCUGCAUUGGCGGCCAUGGCGGCUACAAAAUAUAAUAAACCAGUAAGAAUAAUUUUAGAAAGAGAUGAUGAUAUGAUAAUGACUGGAACCAGGCACCCUUUUCUCGGAAAAUAUAAGGUGGGCUACUCACGAGAUGGUCGUAUCACCUGUCUGGAUUUAAAUCUUUAUGCAAAUUGUGGAAAUUCUUUAGAUAUGUCAGCUGCUAUGUUGCAAGAUGCCAUGAAAAAGUGUGACAACUGCUAUAACAUACCAAAUUUUCGAGUAACGGGACAUUUAUGUAAAACAAACAUUCGAUCAAAUACAGCAUUUAGAGGUUUUGGUACACUACAAGGAAUGUUUGUAAUGGAAAGUAUUAUACAGCAUAUUAUAGAUGAUAACAAACUCGACCCAGUAAAGGUACGUGAACUGAACUUUUAUAGAGACGGAGACCGGACUCACUAUAACCAGAUCAUAACAGAGUGUAAUAUAAAUUCAUGCUGGGAAGAAUGUUUAAAACAGAGUGAUUAUUAUACACGCAAAUCAAAAGUAGAAGAGUUUAAUAGGACAAAUCGUUGGAGAAAAGGGGGAUUAUCUAUUAUACCUCUAAAAUAUGGAAUAGCAUUUGGGCUUAAAAUGCUGAAUCAGGCAGGUGCUUUAAUAAAUGUUUACACUGAUGGCUCAGUUUUAUUAGCACACGGUGGGGUAGAGAUGGGACAAGGUCUUCAUACUAAAAUGAUACAGGUGGCUAGUGCUACAUUGGGAAUUCCAGUGGAUAGGAUACAUAUAGAUGAAACUGGCACCAAUACUGUACCAAAUACAUCAGCAACAGCAGCAAGUACUGGUUCUGAUCUAAAUGGAAUGGCUGUUAAGAUUGCCUGUGAGAAGAUAAGUAAAAGAUUAGAACCGUAUAAAAAUGAGAAAGGAUCAACGUGGAAUGAUUGGGUUCUCAAGGCUUAUUCAAAUCGAGUCAGUUUAUCAGCCACUGGAUUUUACAAGUCACCUGGUCUUGGCCAUGACCCCGAUACUGACAGUGAUAAUUCGUUUUUCUAUUAUUCGUAUGGCGCGUCUUGUUCCGAAGUAGAAAUAGAUUGUUUAACUGGUGAUCAUUCCGUGAUACGUACUGAUAUUGUAAUGGAUGUAGGGUCAAGUUUAAACCCAGCUAUUGAUAUAGGACAAAUAGAGGGCGCUUUUAUACAGGGUUAUGGUUUAUACAUGCUAGAAGAUUAUAAAAUAUCACCAUCAGGAACUUUGAUAACUAAAGGACCUGGUAAUUAUAAGAUACCAUCUGUUGGUAAUAUACCAAGACAAUUUAAUGUUUCUUUACUUAAAGAUAAACCAAAUACUAGAGCUGUUUAUUCGUCAAAGGCUAUUGGAGAACCGCCAUUGCUACUCUCUAUUUCUGUUUUCAUGGCAACCAAAUCGGCCAUAAUGUCUGCUCGAUAUGAAACCGGAAGGAGGGGUUACUUCCGGUUGGACAGUCCUGCCACUGCUGAUUGUAUUAGAAUGGCGUGUCAAGAUGAAUUUACAAAACAGUUCCCGCUAUCCCAAGAAGGAACACACAGUCCGUGGAGUGUUAGACUUUAAAGUCCAGAUAAUAUUGCUUAGCUAGAUAUAUGCUAUUGUAUAGUAAAUUUGUAAUAUAAGUUAAAUUGUUCCAAUAGUUUAGAUAUGUAACCUAGUAAUUCUGUAAAUAUAUAUCGUCAGUACUUAUGCCUACCAUUUUACUUGCAAAACUGUAAAGACCACUUGCCAUGUUUUUUGAGAAUAUUGUACCGGAUCAAAACGCAACACUGGUGUAAUCUACGUGGUGCGAUGAAAUGGGGUUUAACGUACGACUUGCCGCACACGCCGGAAUAAUGAAGACGGACUCGUGGUGCACCUAACAUUUAAAAAUAAGCGAAUGUACUUCGUGUCCCAAGUGUAAACAAUUGCAUUCGUUCAAAGAUUACUCUCAAUUACAUAUAAUGUUUUAAAUUCGAAAUCACCAACAUGUACAGAUCGCACGGGGUUACUUCCCCUUGAUUGUGCUAUCAUGCUUUUUUAACCGUAUUUCAAUGUGUUUCAGGACGGCAUACGGUCCUAGAUCAUUCGUCCAAUGAGCCUCAGUAACAUCGCCAGGAAUAACCGAAGUCCCCAUCCUUCCAUUAAUAUUACACAAGGCACACCAGUUGUACCAGAAACCGACACCGUAAGCAUGUGCACAGUUUGUGGGACUUUGGUCGUUGUCAUGGUCAUAUGUUGUAAAUCCCUGACCUACAAGAUUGUACAACGAAUCUCCGAGAUCGUUGAACCCGCUGACGGCUUCGGAACUAGAAUAAUACAAAGCAUAUUCCAUACUCUCAUUUUCAACUCGAAAUUUCACGAACUUUCUAAGGUACGGUGUCAUAGCCAUUUCAUCAAUCAUAUAGACAUAGGCAUCAUGGGAUCGACCACUUGUUAUGUCAUGAAUGUGGUCUAAACCAAGCCAGUGGGUGUGAUUUAAAAAGCCAAACCCUUGCUUAUAUUCUUGCCAGCUUUCGUUAAAAUUUUCAUUGUUAUAUUCAUCGUUAAGUUGAAUUAAUGUAUAGCCACCAUCUUGCAUUCGGCAAAAAACCUCAAAGGACGAGGGAGCAGAAGUGGGUUGAAUCUCAAAGAUACCAAUCUGAUUUGUAUAGUGACCGGACUCAAAUCCCUCGGAACAAUCUGUAAAAUAAAUAAAAACCAAUAUGUCCGAUUUAAACUAACAUGAUUCAUGAAGCAGUGAGUGGAUUGGGGCGCACUUUGGAAUAUACCUCGGAUAAGGAAAUGUAAAAAAUGAAAUGAUGUUCUCCUCCGACUGGGUUAAUGAAGACGAACAUACGCCAUAUUACAGUGUGCUCGUACGUAACUAACGUACGAAAAUAAUUGGUGGCUAGCUUUUUUUUCGCACGUAUACAGUGAAUGGCCAUUUUGCUCAGUAAUCCCAGUCAGAAUUUGGCUUUUUUCUAAAUUUGCGUUAAAGUUUAAAAUAUUUGUUUUAGAACUGAAAUAAAUUAAUUAUUAGUCAAUCCCAA